UCACUCAUUUCCCCCAAAUUUAACCCCAAACCUUUAUAAAAUCAGAGUUCAGACUUAGCUUCUUCUUCUCCUCCAAUGCCUGAGAAUACAGACAAGAGACGGAAUCACAGUCACGUAGAGAGGCAAAGAACAGAGCUUCUUCUUCUCCGACGCCUGAGAAAACCCGUCGGCCUCCGCCUGAGAGCAGAGCUUCUUCUUCUUUUUCUUUUCCUCCGCCUGAGAACAAAGCUUCUUCUUCUACUUCUCCUCCUUCGCCUGAGAGCAGAGCUUCUUCUUCUUCUUCUCCUCUGCCGAACCCACUGCCGCGCCAUCCUUUUCAUACUCGUCGUUGCAAUAUCUUUGCCGGUCGCCGUCACUGUGAGCCCAAUGCCAGAGCAUGUCGCCGUCGUAGCUUCUUGAUUUUAUGUAUAUAUACUCAGUGAUGAGAGGUUCAGUAGCUUAAGGUGCAGGGUUAGGAGAACUGUAUGCAGAGGCAAUAGCAAGUGGAUUCCUUCUUGUGAUAUCUCGGUUGGAAGGGAAAAACAUAAUGAUAAGGAUUGUAUGCAGUGGUGGUCUUAUUCAUUGCUUAUGAUCCAGAGACUCAUUGGACAUCAUGACUUGUGCCCAUGUUUGUGGUUGCAAACAUUUCUGUUUUCAUCCUUGUCAUGCAAAUAUUGCAAAUAUUCCAGGGUAAUUGUGUCGCCAGGUUCCUUGGCAGGAUCUCUUUUCAGCCUGUUAGGGAGAAUCCACUGCUUGGCCCUUCUUCUUCAACAACCACAAAAAUAGGUGAAGAGAAGAAGGAGGAAGAGAAAAAGAAAGAAAAGAAAAAGGAGAAGAAGAAUGAAGAAAAGAAGGAAGAAGAGUCUCCAACAGAAGAAAUAGUACUUAAGGUUGAUAUGCAUUGUGAAGCUUAUGCAAGGAAAGUUGCAAAAGCAUUAAAAGGCUGUCAAGGUCAUUCAUUUUCUUCUUUCAGCAAAAGGUAUGAUGCAGCAAAAGAGUCAAAUACUUCAUGUUUAAUCUUGUACAAGCCUAUCCUAAAAGAUCUAUCACCUUGGUUUCACAUGGAUGUGACUGGCACUGAGGAUGGUAUUAAGGAGCCAAUAGCAACUUUCUCAGCUUGUUUUGGUGCUGCUUUCAUAAUGCUAUACCCAACAAAGUAUGCUACAAUGCUUGCUGAGAAGAUGGAGAAGCACGGCGCUACCGGCUGGCUUGUUAAGACGGGUUGGUCUGGUGGUAGGUAUGGUUAUGGUAGUCGUAUCAAGCUACCCUACACAAGAAAAAUCAUUGAUGCUAUUCACUCUGGAAGCCUCUUAAAUGCUGAGUACAAGAAGACUGAGAUUUUUGGGUUUGAGAUCUCAACUGAAGUUGAAGGGGUCACUUCAGAAAUUCUUGAUCCUAUUAACACUGUUAGUAGUUUGUGUUGGAUGUGUAUGUCUAACCAAUUCAAAAUAUUAUAGCCUAUAGGACUAUCAUAUUUAUAUUGUCUUGAAUUUUUAUGUUGAAUCUUAUAUGUUAGAUAAUUAUUUAUUAUUUUGAUAAGUUUGUAAAUUGAUUAUAUCUAAU